GAAACUCAAAACCUUCAAGGGUCCAACCUCUGACAUCGCAUAACCAGUAUGCUUCAAUGUCCCAAAUCCUCCGUCAAUCGUCUUUCGGUUCACCAUCUUCUCCAACUCUCUGCCCAAUUUCACCAGGUUCGCGCGAAAUCGGGUCGUCCGCCAUUCAAGAACAGAUAUGACAACAAGGACGACAAUGGUGAUGGUUAUACUCGAAAGAGAAAUGAGAAUCAAGAGGAUCGUUUACAGCUAUACAAAAGCAGGGGCCAACAUCUUUUAACUAACCCAAGAAUCCUUGAUUCCAUUGUUAGGAGUUCCGGUGUUGGGCCUGGCGAAACGGUUCUUGAAAUCGGACCUGGCACCGGAAAUCUUACCCUGAAGCUUCUUGAAGUUGCUAAAAAGGUUAUUGCAGUGGAAGUUGAUAAGCGUAUGGUGGAGGUCCUUAACAAACGUGUUUCUGAACGUGGAUUUGGCGAUAAAUUGACGAUUAUAUGUGAAGAUGCACUAAAGACAGAUUUUCCAGAUUUUGAUCUUGUAGUAGCAAAUAUCCCUUAUGGGAUAUCAUCGCCUUUGAUAGCUAAAUUGGUAUUUGGGGGAUACCAGUUUCGAAAUGCGACUCUUCUCCUUCAAAAAGAGUUUGCUAAUCGACUCUUGGCGAAUCCCGGUGACUCAGAGUUCAAUCGGUUGGCAGUCAACGUGAAACUGGUUGCUGAGAUUGAUCAUAUCAUGAACGUAAGCAAAAGGGAUUUCGUGCCAAUUCCUAAAGUCGAUUCAUCAGUUGUUAAAAUCCGUUUGAGAUCUGAAGUUCCAAAUCUAGAUCUUAACGAAUGGUGGGCGUUCACUAAAACGUGUUUUGGGAAGAAAAACAAGACGCUGGGUGCCACGUUUAGGCAGAAGAAGAAGGUGGCAGAGCUGCUAAAUUUGUCGAAGUUAACAAGUCUUGAUGAAAAUAUUGAAAAACACGAUUCUUGUAAUCGAAGCGACGAUGAGGAAGAUGAAUGGGAGGAUUCAGGAACAGGGGUGAAGUCGUUUAAGGAAAAAGUUGUCGGGAUUCUUAGAAAUGCCGGGCUCGAGGAUAAGAGACCAUCAAAAUUAUCGAAUGAGGAGUUGAUGCAUUUGCUAUCGUUAUUUAAUGAAGCGGGAAUAUGUUUCCAUGACGAAUCAAGGCCCGUAGAUAUCAAUGCUUCAUUUGCUGCAUCAUAGAGUAAGAAUCGCCACUUCCAUGAAGUUAUUUGAUUCUAGAAUAGAGGCGAACGAGCGUUUUUAAGUCCCUAAAUCUGUUAGAUAUUGGCUCUGAUACCAUGUUAGAAUAUGUAGAACCCAUUUGGUUAAUAGUAUAUUGUGGCUCAAUGUCAAAGCAAUCUUACAUGCUAUUAGAGAGCGAAUUCCUCCCCAAUGAUUGGUUUUUAUAGGGU